AGCGAAAGGUAUUUAUCUAUAUAUCGGUUGCUUUCGACUAUUUGCAUAUCCAGAGAGAAAGUUCCAGUUCAUCUUUCAAUUCGGACUCGGGAGUAGUAUCGAAUCACUUUUUCCAAUCCGACGACUCGUGUUCCAGUUUCUUUCGUCUCACCUCUACCGCUCGUUCCUCGCCAUCUUCACUGUGCUUUUCCUGUUUUCCUUUCCAUAAACCUAAACCCUACUCCUUCUCCCCGUCGAUGGUUGGCCUUCCUGUUAUCGGAAGCUGUUGCAUGUGAAUGAGGGGGCCUACGCGAGAUCCGUAGGAGGAGGGGAAGGGGGACAUGGCCACUACCGGAGCUUCCGGUCGUGGCGGCGCCGGCGCUGGAAGCAGUGUUGGCGUUGAUGCCCUUCAGCGUCUUCUUGCUGAUCUAUGCCACAAAGGAACCAACAAGGAUGCUGCUAGAGCAGCUCUCAAGAAGCAUGCCGAGGAAGAGUAUCGCGAUCUUAGUGGAGAGGCAUUCUCGCGUUUCAUGGAUCAACUUUACGAUCGAAUAUCGGGGCUGAUAGACAGCAACGAAGUAUCGGACAAUUUGGGCGCGUUGCACGCGAUUAUGGUGCUAAUUGAGGUCAAGCUGGGGGAGAGCGCCUCCAAGGUCUCUAAGAUAUCCGCUUACAUAAGGAAUGUGUUUGAGUCGAAGAGGGAUCCCGAGAUCUUGAUGCUUGCUAGCAGAGCGCUUGGAUGUCUCGCGCAGACAGGAGGCGCCAUGACUGCCGAUGAGGUGGAGCGGCAGGUCAAGACUGCAUUGGAGUGGCUGGGUGGGGAAAGGGUGGAAUAUCGACGUUUUGCGGCUGUACUGAUAUUGAAGGAGAUGGCGGAAAAUGCAUCUACUGUUUUCAAUGUCCAUGUACCUGAGUUUGUGGAUGCAAUUUGGGUUGCAUUGAGAGAUCCAACAUUAGCAGUUCGUGAGAAGGCCGUGGAAGCUUUGCGUGCUUGUCUCUGUGUAAUUGAAAAACGUGAGACUCGCUGGCGCGUGCAAUGGUAUUACCGCAUGUUUGAGGCUACACAAGAUGGACUUGGGAGAAAUGCUUCUGUCCACAGCAUCCAUGGUUCGUUACUUGCAGUUGGAGAGCUUCUCAGAAAUACUGGGGAGUUCAUGAUGUCAAGAUACAAGGAAGUAACAGAUAUUGUGUUCAAAUAUCGGGAACAUCGAGAUCGACAUGUUCGUCUGAGUAUAACUUCAUUGCUACCCCGCAUAGCACACUUCCUGCGUGAUCGUUUUGUGACAUCUUAUCUGAAGCAGAUAUGCAUGGAUCAUAUACUGUCAGUGCUACGCAUACCAACAGAAAGAGCAAGUGGUUUUAUUGCUCUUGGAGAAAUGGCUGGUGCUUUGGAUGGGGAACUGAUUGAAUAUUUGCCAACCAUCACUUCACAUCUUCGUGAAGCGAUUGCUCCACGCAGAGGAAAACCUUCUCCUGAGGCAUUGGCUUGUGUAGGUAGUUUUGCUAGUGCAAUGGGACCUGAAAUGGAACCUUAUGUGCGCAGUUUACUGGAUUCCAUGUUCUCUUCUGGUCUGUCUCCUACUCUUGUGGAAGCACUUGAGCGGAUAACUUCUAGUAUUCCGCCUUUGUUGCCAAUAAUACAAGUACGCUUGCUCGAGUGCAUCUCUACAGUUCUCUCAAAGCCCCUUCAGCAGCCAAGACCAGGUGGCGCUGCUGUUCGGACUAAUGUGGUCAACAAUGUGCCACAUGUUUUGGAUAUCAGUGGCUCGGUUCUUGUUCAACUUGCCUUAAGGACGCUGGCACAAUUUGAUUUCAAGGGUCAUGACCUUCUUGAGUUCGCAAAACAAUCAGUGCUUGCAUAUUUGGAAGAUGAGGAUGGCGCCACACGCAAGGAUGCAGCUAUUUGCUGCUGCCGAUUGGUGGAGAACUCUUUGUAUAAUAUGAUGGUUGGAUCACAAUUUUCUUCAGGUCGUGCCACUCGGGCAGGCAGUGUGAAGCGACGUCGUCUUAUUGAAGAGAUAGUAGACAAACUUCUGAUUGCUGCAGUAGCAGAUACUGAUGUCGUUGUUCGGCAGUCUGUUUUCACUUCAUUGAAAGAGAAUGGAAUUACUGAUGAUUAUUUAGCACAAGCUGACUGCUUAAGUGCAAUUUCUGUUGCAUUGAAUGAUGAGGAUUUUAAAGUUCGGGAUUUGGCCAUAGCAAUUGCUGGGAGGUUAUCUGAGAAAAAUCCAGCUUAUGUUUUGCCUGCUCUUCGUCGAUAUCUUAUACAGCUUUUGACAUAUCUAGAGCAAAGUGCUGACAGCAAGUGCAGAGAAGAGAGUGCCAUACUCUUGGGACAUUUGAUUCAUUCAUGUGAGCGGCUGAUACAUCCAUAUAUCGAUCCAAUACAUAAGGCACUUGUGGCAAAGCUUCGUGAUGGCACUGGACUUAAUGCUAACAAUGGGGUUGUCACAGGUGUUCUUGCUACAGUUGGAGAACUUUCUAGAGUGGGUGGUUUUGCAAUGAGGCGUUACCUUGGUGAACUGAUGCAAUUAAUUGUUGAUGCUCUUCUGGAUGGAGCUGCUGUAGUUAAACGGCGAGUUGCUGUUGCCACCCUUGGUCAAGUUGUCCAAAGUACAGGGUGUGUCAUCACUCCAUAUAAUGAAUACCCUCUACUAUUAGGGUUGCUUUUGAAGCUGUUAAAUGGUGAGUUGGAUUGGCCAACUAGAAAAGAAGUGUUGAAGGUAUUGGGUAUUAUGGGUGCAUUGGAUCCUCAUGCACAUAAGCGCAAUCAACUGUCACUGCCUGGGUCACAUGGAGAAGUUACACACACAUCUAUUGAUAGUGGUCAACACAUGCAAUCUAUGGAGAACCUGCCCAUGGAUCUGUGGCCAUCAUUUGCUACUUCUGAGGAUUAUUACUCAACGGUUGCUAUUGUUUCCCUGAUGAAGAUACUUCGAGAUCCUUCACUGUCAAGUUAUCACCAGAAGGUGGUGGGCUCUCUUAUGUUCAUAUUUAAGUCAAUGGGACUUGGAUGUGUUCCAUACUUACCUAAGGUAUUACCUGAACUUUUUAACACAGUCCGUAAUUGUGAAGAUGGGCUUAAAGAGUACAUUACAUGGAAGCUUGGAACUUUGGUGUCCAUUGUUCGACAGCACAUCCGUAAAUAUUUACCUAGGUUGCUUGUACUUAUUUCUGAAUUAUGGUCUUCUUUCACAUUGCCGGCCACUAACCGUCCUGUGCAUGGCUCUGCUAUACUACAUUUGGUAGAGCAGCUUUGCCUUGCCCUGAAUGAUGAGUUUAGAACUUAUCUGCCUGAUAUUCUUCCUUCUUGUAUUCAAGUACUUGGUGAUGCUGAACGGUGCAAUGAUUUCAGUUAUGUUCCUAACAUUCUUCAUACAUUGGAAGUUUUUGGAGGAACUUUGGAUGGGCACAUGCACCUCCUUCUUCCUGCUAUUCUUCGGCUUCUCAAAGUUGAUGCUUCAGUUGAAAUUAGGCGUGCUGCCAUUAAGACAAUAACUAAGCUUAUCCCUUGUGUUCAGGUCACUGGCCAUGUUUCGGCUUUGGUACAUCACUUCACACUUGUCUUGGAUGGGAACAAUGAUGAGCUACGUAAGGAUGCGAUGGAUGCUCUUUGCUGUUUGGCAUAUGCCAUUGGAAAAGAUUUUGCAAUUUUUAUCCCAUCAAUCCACAAACUUAUGCUUAAGCACCGAGUUCAGCACGUGGAUUUUAAACAAAUUGAAGGGCAGUUACAAAAGUGUCAACCUUUGGGUAUUGAGAGUACGUCUGGUCAAAAGUUAUCUCGUCGGCUUCCUGUUGAGGUCAUUAGUGAUCCACUUAAUGACAUGGAAAAUGAUCCUUAUGAUGAAGGGAACGACACAUACAGGAAUAUUCGAACUUAUAAGGUAAAUGAUGGCCGACUACGUACUGCUUGGGAGGCAUCUCAGCGUAGCACAAAAGAAGAUUGGGCAGAGUGGAUGCGACACUUCAGCAUUGAACUCUUAAAGGAAUCCCCUUCUCCAGCUUUGCGUACUUGUGCAAGGCUUGCUCAAUUGCAGCCUUUUGUUGGGAGGGAGUUAUUUGCUGCUGGUUUCGUUAGCUGUUGGUCACAGCUAAAUGAAGUUAAUCAGCAACAGUUGGUGCGCAGUCUUGAAAUGGCUUUCUCAUCUCCAAAUAUUCCUCCUGAAAUUCUGGCUACCCUCCUUAAUUUGGCUGAGUUUAUGGAGCAUGAUGAGAAGCAUCUCCCGAUAGACAUCAGACUCCUUGGCGCUCUUGCUGAGAAGUGUCGAGCUUUUGCCAAGGCUCUGCAUUAUAAAGAAAUGGAGUUUGAUGGUGCACUUACUAAGAAAAUGGAUGCAAAUCCUGUUGCUGUCGUCGAAGCGCUGAUCCACAUAAACAACCAGUUACACCAGCAUGAAGCUGCUGUUGGGAUAUUAACCUAUGCGCAGCUAAACCUUGAUGUUCAACUGAAGGAAUCUUGGUAUGAAAAAUUGCAACGCUGGGAUGAUGCUUUGAAGGCAUAUACUUUAAAGGCAUCUCAAGCGACUAACACGACUGCUGUCUUGGAUGCUACAUUAGGACGAAUGAGAUGCCUUGCUGCAUUGGCUCGGUGGGAAGAACUGAACAAUCUAUGCAAGGAGUACUGGACUCCAGCUGAACCGGCAGCCAGGCUUGAAAUGGCUCCCAUGGCUGCUAGUGCUGCGUGGAACAUGGGAGAAUGGGAUCUAAUGCAUGAGUAUGUUUCUCGAUUGGAUGAUGGUGACGAAAGUAAGCUCCGCUUAUUGGGAAACACUGCGGCUAGUGGUGAUGGAAGCAGUAAUGGCGCAUUCUUCAGAGCUGUGCUGUUUGUGCGACGUGGAAAAUAUGCUGAGGCACGGGAAUUUGUAGAGAAGGCAAGGAAGUGCUUAGCAACUGAACUAGCUGCACUGGUCCUCGAAAGUUAUGAUCGUGCUUAUAAUAAUAUGGUCCGGGUUCAGCAGUUGUCUGAGUUGGAAGAGGUUAUUGAUUACAUUACCCUACCGGGGGGAACCGCUGUUGCUGAAGGGCGUAAAGAACUAAUCCGUAAUAUGUGGAGAGAGCGUAUACAAGGAGCAAAGCGGAAUGUUGAGGUAUGGCAAGCAAUACUUGCAGUACGAGCUCUCGUGCUUCCUCCUACAGAAGAUAUAGAAACUUGGCUGAAAUUUGCUUCUCUUUGCCGUAAAAGUGGCCGCAUAAGUCAAGCGAGAUCGACCUUAGUGAAACUCCUACAGUAUGACCCAGAAUCUCCUUCUGAAGUUGUUCCUCACUCUUUCUCUCCUCAAGUGAUGUUUGCAUAUUUGAAGUAUCAGUGGUCUCUAGGAGAAGAACACAAGAGAAGGGAAGCAUUGGCCAAGCUGCAGGAUUUGUCCAUGGAUGUUACAGAGGCAUCAUGUUUCUCAACAUCAAUUGGCCCACCUAAUUCUGUUCCUCUCCUAUCACGUGUCUAUUUGAAACUGGGGACAUGGCAAUGGGCACUCUUGCCUGGAUGGGAUGAUGAUUGCAUUCAAGAUAUCCUAACGGCAUUCAGAAGUGCCACACAGUGUGCUCCAUGUUGGGCGAAAGCAUGGCAUACAUGGGCUUUGUUCAAUACGGCUGUCAUGUCUCAUUACACCUUGAGAGGUUCUCCUGCAAAAGCUGGCCAUUAUGUUGUAGCUGCUGUUACAGGUUAUUUCCAUUCGAUAGCAUGUGCAGCUGCUUCAAAGGGAGUCGAUGAUAGUCUGCAGGAUAUCCUUCGCCUUCUUACAUUAUGGUUCAAUCAUGGGGCUACUUCUGAGGUUCAAAUGGCACUUCAAAAGGGUUUUGGACUUGUCAGUAUAGACACAUGGCUUGUUGUUUUGCCUCAAAUAAUUGCGCGUAUUCAUUCCAAUAAUCAUGCUGUGAGGGAAUUGAUACAAUCACUCUUGGUUCGCAUAGGGCAACAACAUCCACAGGCUCUUAUGUAUCCUCUGUUAGUCGCUUGCAAAUCCAUAAGCACAUUGCGUAGAGCAGCAGCCCAAGAAGUUGUUGAUAGGGUUCGUCAGCAUAGUGGUGUGCUUGUGGAGGAGGCACAACUUGUGUCGAAGGAACUCAUCAGGGUUGCGAUCCUAUGGCAUGAGAUGUGGCAUGAGGCAUUGGAAGAAGCUAGCCGUUUAUACUUUGGCGAGCAUAAUAUUGAGGGGAUGCUAGCUGUUUUGGAGCCUUUACAUGCAAUGCUAGAUGAGGGCCCUAGUACAAUUAAGGAGAAAUCAUUCCUUCAGAAUUAUGGAGGUGAACUCCAAGAAGCACAUGAAUGCUGUUUGAAAUAUAGGAGCACUGGAAGGACAGGAGAACUGACCCGGGCGUGGGAUCUAUAUUAUCAUGUUUUCAGGCGCAUUGAUAAGCAGCUUCCUAGUCUGACGACACUAGACCUGCAGUCUGUUUCACCAGCCUUGGUGGAAAGGCGCAACCUGGAACUUGCUGUACCAGGGACAUAUCGUGCAGAUUCUCCAGUUGUGACUAUAAAGGAAUUUGCACCUCAGCUGGUAGUCAUCACAUCAAAGCAGCGUCCACGGAAAUUAACGAUUCAUGGAAGUGAUGGGGAGGACUAUGCAUUUUUGCUCAAGGGCCAUGAAGACUUGAGGCAAGAUGAGCGUGUUAUGCAGCUCUUUGGGUUGGUUAACACAUUGCUUGAAAACUCAAGAAAAACUUCAGAGAAGGAUCUCUCUAUUCAGCGCUAUGCUGUUAUUCCUUUGUCACCAAAUAGUGGAUUGAUAGGAUGGGUUCCUAAUUGUGACACUUUGCAUCAUUUGAUUCGUGAAUACCGAGAUGCAAGAAAGAUAUUCCUGAAUCAGGAGCACAGGUUGAUGUUAGCAUUUGCUCCAGAUUAUGAUCAUUUACCUCUUAUAGCUAAAGUUGAAGUGUUUGAGCAUGCCUUACAUAACACUGAAGGAAAUGAUUUAGCAAAGGUACUUUGGUUGAAAAGCCGAUCUUCUGAGGUUUGGCUUGAUAGACGUACGAACUAUACUAGAAGUUUAGCUGUCAUGAGCAUGGUUGGAUAUCUGCUGGGGUUGGGUGAUCGACAUCCUAGCAAUCUUAUGUUGCAUCGUUACAGUGGAAAAAUCUUGCAUAUUGAUUUUGGGGAUUGCUUCGAGGCUUCAAUGAAUCGAGAGAAGUUUCCUGAAAAGGUUCCAUUUCGCCUGACAAGAAUGCUUCGGAAAGCAAUGGAAGUUAGUGGGAUUGAAGGGAACUUCAGAUCAACCUGUGAAAAUGUUAUGCAAGUUCUGCGGACAAAUAAGGAUAGUGUAAUGGCGAUGAUGGAGGCCUUUGUUCAUGACCCACUCAUAAACUGGCGUUUAUUCAAUUUCAAUACAGUUCCUCAUGUGUCAAAUCUUGCAACUUCACAUGUUCAGCCUGUUGUAAAUAGUGAUGAUUCUGCACCUACUAGUGAACUUCCUCCUCAACCUCAGCGAGGUGCUCGAGAAAGGGAGAUUCUUCAGGCUGUCAAUCAACUUGGUGAUGCAAAUGAGGUGCUGAAUGAACGUGCUGUGCAUGUAAUGAGUCGAAUGAGCAAUAAAUUAACUGGCAAGGAUUUCUCCUCUGGUUCUUCUUUGGCCAGCACAUCGAGCUCAUAUUCAUAUGCGGUUGACCAUAGUGCCCUGAUUGCUGGAGAUGCACGUGAGGUUGACCAUGGUUUAAGUGUAAAACUCCAAGUCAAUAAAUUAAUCAUUCAAGCAACAUCUCACGAAAACUUGUGUCAAAACUAUGUUGGGUGGUGUCCGUUUUGGUGAUCUGCUGCUACCUUUCAGAUAUUGUACAUAGCUGUAUGUAUCAUGUACAUAAUACUCAUAGAUCAUUCAACAACUUAGCAUUUGGAGACAGUUGUCAUGAAAUUGCAAGUUAUGUAGAUUUGCUCGGGUAAUGUGGGCUCUAUAGUCACAAAGGUCGUGGUUUUGUAGCUAUAUGGAGAACGUCAAUGGAACGUCUUCCCUUUGUUGUAAUUGCCACUGUGAUUCUUAUGUAACCUGUUAAUGUAUGUAAUGUGUACAGUUUUGCAACAGCGCUGUGGUUCCUUUUCAUUAUAUUUUCUCCGAUCAAUAUGUUUAAUGGACGCCAUGUACAUUCUUUGACAGCAGCAUCGGUAGUUAACAUGACGUCGUUGUAUAAGAUUGGGCUGAUUGCUAACAUGAGCUCUGUCCGCUUGUCUGAGGGUUGAAGUUUGCAAGGUUGGGGGAUGGAUA